AACAGCACACAUAAAAAUGAACUUGCUGCCUUAAUGCUCUAUGGGGCUCGGUGGCUGGUGCUGAGGCUGGGAGGCAGCCCCAAGACAUAGGAGCAGCUGAACCUUUCUGAAUGGUGAAUGAGCCUGAGAAACUCACUGCAGAGGAGCCCGGCUACUAACACAAAACAGCUCAACCAGCCAGCCAACCACCCAAUGCUAAUACUCUCUGCCCAUCUGGCCCUCCCAAACCCCUGCCAUGCUGAUCACUGUGUACUGUGUACGGAGGGACCUCUCUGAGGAAACUUUCUCCCUUCAAGUCAGCCCUGACUUUGAGCUCUGCAAUUUCAAGGUCCUCUGUGAACUGGAGUCCAGAGUUCCUGCUGAAGAGAUCCAGAUUGUCUACAUGGAGCGAUUCCUCACAGACAAUCACUGUUCCUUGGGAUCCUACGGCCUCAAAGAUGGUGAUGUUGUUGUUUUACUUCAGAGGGAUAACGUGGGAUCUCGGCCUCCAGGACAAACCCCAAACCAGUCUCGAGUUGAUUUCAGUACAGUUCCUCAGCCUGGAACAUCAAGCUCUCGACAGCAGCACCAGCACCAACACCAGCACCAGCAGCAGAAUCACCAGCAGCAGAAGCACAAACAUGCUUCCUCAGCCCAGCGGUCCCAUGGCUUGGCUUCUGGAGAGAAGAGGGCCUCUGCCGCGGGUAUGGACAGUCCUGCUGCGAUUCGCAGUAUGUUGCUUUCCAGUCCCCAUGAUCUGUCUUUGCUGAAGGAACGCAACCCUGUUUUAGCUGAAGCUCUCCUCAGUGGAAACCUUGAGACAUUUUCUCGGGUUCUGAUGGAACAGCAAAGAGAAAUAGCCUUGAGGGAAGAAGAGAGGCUACGCCUCUUUUCUGCUGAUCCAUUUGAUCAAGAAGCUCAGGCUAAAAUAGAAGAAGAAAUUCGGCAGCAGAACAUUGAAGAAAACAUGAACAUAGCUAUGGAGGAGGCUCCUGAGAGUUUUGGACAGGUGACGAUGCUCUAUAUAAACUGCAAAGUGAAUGGGUAUCCUCUGAAGGCUUUUGUUGACUCAGGUGCCCAGAUGACCAUUAUGAGCCAAGCUUGUGCUGAGAGGUGUAACAUAAUAAGGCUGGUGGACCGACGGUGGGCUGGAGUUGCUAAAGGAGUGGGCACACAGAGGAUUAUUGGUCGUGUUCAUCUAGCUCAGAUUCAAAUUGAAGGUGAUUUCUUACAAUGCUCCUUCUCUGUGCUUGAGGAGCAACCCAUGGAUAUCCUCCUAGGACUAGAUAUGCUUAGGAGACAUCAAUGUUCCAUUGAUUUGAAGAAAAAUGUGCUGGUUAUUGGCACCACUGGCACACAGACUUACUUUCUCCCAGAGGGUGAGUUACCCUUAUGUGCUAAACUAGUAAGUGGUAUUGGGCAGGAAGAUCCUUCCAACAAAGAAGAGCAUGUAAAACGUUCAUUCAAGGAUUCAGGGCGUAAAAAGCAUUGAAUCAGGUUGCAAUGUGUCACCACCUUGAGGGAGCCUCAAGUUCUGGAAAAUUAUAAAACAAGAGCUCACUGGCAAAGUAAUCAUUAAAAA